AUGUUCGAAGAUUUCUCCUUCACAUCACCAACCUCCCGAUCAUCCGCCACAGAUCCAGACGACCACCUCUCCGUCAACGACAGCACCCUCAUCUCCCCACUCUCCUCCCGCUGUCCCUCCCCCCAACACCGACUCCGCAACUCCCGCCGCUUCCGCCAACCCCCAACAUCCGUCCCCUUCCCCUACGCCGACCCCAAACCCCUCUCUAUCGCAACCCUAACCCAAAAACUCCACGAACACACCCUCUCCCCAUCAACCCGCCCCUCCCAUCCCUACCCAGGCUACGUCCUCACCCCGCCAGACACAGACCACUCCGACGACGGCAUAGACUCCCCCUCCACAAGCCCGACCUUCUACCCCCCAGACCUGGUCUCCGAUCUCCCCGAUCUCGGCCUCGGCGUGCCCUUCUACCCGGACGUCCGCGCCCAGCGCCAGCAGAUCUCGCGGCUGCAGUGCAACCAGAGCGAGAUCGAGGCGAUGCAGCGGUCGCUGAUGGAGGCGCCGGAGUUGGACGGCGAGGACUGGCAUCCGAGUUCUUUGCCGCCGCGGGCGUCGCCGCGGAGGCGGGCGUUGACGCUGGCGAGGAGUCGGUUUGGGCCGGAGGGGGAGAGGGGCCGGAGGCGGAGUUCGGUGGUUUUGAGUAGUCGGGUGGAGAAGAAUGGGAAGAGGAAUGAGCAGGGGUUGAGGAGGAAGAGUUUGGUUAGUGCGGCUUUGGCUUCGAUGGUUGAGAGGGAGGAUUAG